AUGAUUCUCGCGCGGAAGGCUCUUCCGAAGGCUAGCGCUAAUAGGAUGACGAAGAUGCAACUGAAGCGCAAAGACGUAGAAGAUCGCGAAUCCGGCGACGAUGCCGCUGCCUCUCAAUCAAGUGGAAGCGCGCGCAGUGUCGAUAGUGACGACUUCGCGUUUCCCCUUGCUGUGACCAAUCCCGACGGAUCUCAGUCCUUUCGUGCUACGAAAACUCUGCACAAGAUCAGCACUGCGCAUGUCCACAAGAAGCGCGAGCGACGCCAUCUCGUCACUGGAUAUUCGGAUCCCGCUCUGAAAGAGCGCUCGGGUUAUGAUCGGAAGUUCAGUUCGACUGGUGGUUUUCGGGCAGAGGACUUGCACUUCAUGUUGGGCCCGGACGCGAGCGCGGCUACUUUGUCUCAGGAGUCGAAGGAGACUGCACAAGCCCAGGUUGAUGACCCUCCCGGCAUACCAUCUGUUUCUGCAACCGUACCCGUCUGUUCCGAAGCCGCUUCACCUUCUCUUCCCAACAAGGAGGACUCGAUGGAUCCUGCCAAUGUUACGGGUUCGCCCGCAUCCUCGUUGUCCUCGUCAUCUGGGGUUCCUGCUGCGACAGAUACACAUCUCCCCGCGCAGGGCUCUCCAUCAACGGGCGAUCCGACGGGUGUUCCUCUAGACGAUCAACAUACUUCGUCGCCGACGAACGAGACCUCCACCACCUCAGAAGCUCCGAGCGUACAUCCUGGGCCCAGUGCAGCUCCUCACAGCCCGCGCGGUAGCUCCGGGUUGCCUCCGACGGAGGAGUCACCGGACGAUCAACAUACUCCGCCGCCUCCGAACGAGCCCCCCGCCGCUUCAGAAGUUACAAGCGUACCUCCUGGGUCAAGUGCGGCUCACGACCCGCGCGGUAGUCCCGGCAUCCUGCCACCACGUCAACGCGUUCUUCUAGAUAAAGACGCGCGCCGGCCUCAUCCAUAUGCUCCUCCUGGCUCCCAGCGACCUAUGGCCCGACGCGUAGAAGACGAAGACGGGUAUCCGGCUGCAUUCAUGCGCUCCAAGCUUCGUAACCGCCAAUCGCAACAGCGAAGGCCAGCUCACGAGCGCACAUCUACACAUCAUACGAAGAACGAUGACCCCUCGCUGGACGCGGACAUCGGUGCUGAUGCCGAUAACGGCAAUGAGCAAGUAUACGACGAGCCGAAUCACGAGCGGGAUCCGGCGGAAACUACGCUCACAGAGGUCUCGACGGGACCGGGCGUCGCAACUUCCUUUAACGCUGCUUCAGAAGACGUCUUCGUAUCCCGGCAACAUCGCGCGGAGCAGAUACGGCAAGUACCUGAGGAACGGACUGGACGCGAAAGCGACGCCGCUGUCGAGCCUACGCGCAACACGGAAGAUGUGGCACGGGAAGGGCGCGAGGAAGGAUUGCAACGCGACGCGGCUGAGUCUCAAGGCGUCGCGGGUGACGCUGCGCGGAGGGAACGGGAGGAACGGGAACGGGAAGAACAGGAACGCGUAGAGCGUGAGCCUUCGGAGCAGGAACGCUCAGAGCUUGAGCGCAUUGAGCAGGAGUGCGCAGAGCAGGAGCGCAUCGAGCAGGAGCGUGUUGAGCAGGAGCGCAUCGAGCAGGAGCGCGCCGAGCAGGAGCGUGUUGAGCAGGAGCGGGUCGAGCGCGAGCGCAUCGAGCAGGAGCGCAUCGAGCAGGAACGCGACGAGCGUGAGCGUGUAGAACGAAUGCAACGCGAGCAUGAUGCAGAGAUUGCUAGGCGCAUCGCCGCGAAGGAGAAAGAGAUCGCGGAUCGCAUCGCCGCGAAGGAGAAGGAUGCCGAACACCAGUUUCAAACGCAGCGGCGCCAAUUCUGGGACGUAGUUGCACAGGCACACCUGCAGCGCGGUCAACCAUUACCCGGCCGAUUCACUGGCGUGGACACUCCAGGAUACGACGCUCUGUCUUCUCAAUGGCGGCAUCUUCCUCUCGGUAGCGGAGUUGGAGUUUUGUCUGUCAAUGGCAAAGAACUCGACGUCUUCAGCUACAUGGGUGCAUUGAUUGGCCCGGGCGGGGAUCUUUCAAACAUACCAGAGCUGGACCGCUGGGUGGAUCUGCUUGCUUUCUUAGGCAUGCAGGCAGAUCAAACAAGAGUCCUCGCGCGCAUGUUAAUGGCGCUUUUGAGCCCUUUUGCGGGUUAUAGGCCACGGCGAGCUAGCGAACUCAGUCAGCCAGAAGUGCGUGAACGACGGCCCCCUUCAGAACCUUCGGCGGCCACGCAGCCCACACAACCGUCCACAGCCGCGCAGCCCUCGAGCGGAUCACGCAUUUCAUCUGAUAAUCUUGGCCGUCGUGAAUCUACGUCUCCGCCGCGGCCGUCGAGUCCACCAGCGUUUAAUUGCGAUGCGCCCUAUGCUGGGCAGCAGGCUUAUCGGCGCCUACAACAACAACACUCUCCAAUACAUUCCCCUACGCCUCCGCCGCCGCCGCCACCUCCCCGCUCUCCGGGGAGGCCUCAGGGGCAUCGUCACAACCAGGCCACGAAGACUCCGUUAUCCCCACAUUCCCCAACACCACGCCGCUCAUCGCCGCCCCCGGCUUUCGCGACUUCCCGCCCGAGGACAGAUCCUGCACCCACUGCUCAGGGCCAAUCGCCGCCACCUAUGGCACCACAAACCGCCAGUCCUCGACGCCGUAGUUCAGCCCUUCGCCCUAGUCAUGCGCAACCUCCUCAACCUACGGCUCAACCCAAACCGCCGGUCGUUGAUGUCACGGAAAGUUUGACAGCUCCGGACAGUCUUCAUCAUUUCAUCGCCCUCGACGAACGUGUUCGUACAGCAGGAGUUCAAUUGACACGCCGAGACUCAUUACUGCUCGUCACCGGGGACCGUGAGCGCGUCAAACGCGCCAUCGAGCUUAUUCAAACCGUCCUGAAGGAGUUUGAGUCAUUCAUUCCCAUCAAGUUACCAGCUGUAGGGGAGCACUGGUCUGCUUUCGACUUGAAGGCGGCGUUGGCUUUAUACGUCAGGACUCGUUGCAUUGUCACGCCUCUCGCCGGAGGGAUUGAGAUACUGGUACAAGGCCGGCCUCAAGACUUUGCCGCAGCGAUCUCCUUGAUCACAAACAUGGGCAAGCCGGCUACAACGCAACGCCCAUCUUCGCCGGAUCUGCGCGCCAACCUCGCCCCACCCAUCUACCGUUCACCGGCGCCCGAGACACAUCCCAUGCCGACUACCGCCAAUCCUAUGGCACAGAUGCACCAGGGUCGCUCACCGCCUGCUCAAAGUCGUGAUCCAUCGUCGCAUCCGCCGCCGCCACCCUCGCCUCCACGAAGACCUUCCCGUCAACCGUCACCAUUGCCCGCACGAUCACCGCGCCGCCCUACACGAGCACCUGCCACACCAGCCCGCUCUCCACAAGUCAACCAGCUCCCGCAUACCCCUACAGCCGCUCCUCCUCGCCGUGAUCGUACAGGUGGUGCAGCAGCGGCGCCAAGGGCAUCCCGGCCUACACCUGCCCCUACACCUGCUUCCCCUCAUCAUGGCCGUACAGGUGGCGCAGCAACACCGAAGGCAGCCCGGCCCACGCCCAUGACUAGACCACCCGACAAUCCCGGCGAUCUUUUCGAUGAGUUACAGUCAGAAGAAGGGCAAGCGUCAUCCGCGUCUCGCGACCGCCCAUUGUCACCCGAAGUCCAAGAUCAGCAAGACGCUGCAGGGCGCACAUCACAAGCCAACCAGCCUUCGCCCGCCUCUACAGCUGCCCCCUCUCAUCGUGAUCGUACAGGCGGCGCAGGGACACCGAACGCAUCUCGGCCUACGCCCAUGACUAGACCACCCGACAAUCCCGGCGAUCUCUUUGAUGAGUUACAGUCCGAAGGGCAAGCGUCGCCCGUGUCCAGCCACCGCCCUUCAUCGCCCGAGAUGCGAGAACACCGAGAUGUAGAGAUGUCAGAGGCGGAAGACGAGUCCCAACCCGCGACCGACCAACCGGCCGGACGUGACUCGGACCCGGCUUCGCAGUCACCGCCAACCGCCAGACCGUCACAGCCUCAGGCGACUCAUGCGUCCGCACCAGAAUUCGUCACUAGAGAAGAGUUUGACGCAUUCCGGGCGGCUUUUGGUUCUGGUGCACGUCACAACGGACGAAAGCAAGGAGACACUGUGCGAAGGGCUAUUCUUAAAGCCCAUAAACUUUCUUCUCCGAAGCCGGCAGCUCAACCUCGCGGUAAAGACGUUAAUAUCAAACGCGCUGAUCUCCGUAUCCUUGUUCUACGACUACUGGACCGCGAAAACAACAAGGUGCCAUUCCCUUCGCACAAGAUCCCUACGGCGGCCGAAAUCGCGGCGUUUCAGUCACACCAAAUCGGUGGUCCUUCCAAGGACAACUGGCGCGUUGACCCGAGAACCAGAUCCGGGGCACCGUGGAAUUCCAGGGCGGGGCUUGUUCUCACUGAUAUACUCAUCGGGGAGGGUGCAAUUGUUGUACAAGAGAGGCAGACGACGUUGGCAUGGUUCAAGAGAUAUCAUGACGGCACCCUAAGAUCACACUACGUCUCAAUCAACCUCGGCAACGAUGCAGCGCGUCAAGCCAAUAGAGAUCGGUCCAAUAGAGUUCAGCGCCAUGAAACGCUCGGCAACCUACGUCUCACGACUGCCAGCAAGCACGAAGAGCUUGCUCCUGUUGGCCAUGUAGUCGGUUGGGCAGGUCCGAAGUCGGCACUUCACAGCGAUGACGAAGAAGAUCAUCUGUCUACCACGCCCAGGUACAGCAUUGUGGAAGACGUAUGGAAGUCACGCAAGACACGCCGGUACUUGCGCUCGAUGGACCUUCUGCACAUCGGGGAUAAAUUUGACGAAGGGGGUCAACAUCGCACGGCGCCCGGGAACUGGUUGCGCGAGCGCAUCCCCGGCCAUGAUAUCCCGAGCAAAUCUCAGAACCCGCUUGCUGGACUACCUGUCAACUUUUAUGACAAGGACUGGCUCGCAGCUCAGGCCCCAGAGCGUCGCGAAUCUCUCAAUCUGCAACUGGAAGUCUCACUGGAAUUCCCUUUCAAGCUCCGCAUAAGGGCGGCGAGGGUUCUUGGGCUGCUACGCGAGACUGGCCCCGUCUCUGACUGGCGAACCCUCCGUAUCAGUGAUCAAGAACUCAAGUUGUUAGACUUAUACCUUGAUACCGGCAAACGCCCACCUGCAACUUACGGACAGGCAGACAUGUGA